GCGGUCGGUUUGGAUAUUUUUUAAUUUAUUUCCUUAGUUAUCGGAACAGGGAAUAAAUCCGCUGUCAGCUGGUGUCGGAUAUAAGGUUGACGGCAGACUAAACCAUGGAGUCCAUGCUCAAUAAGUUAAAGAGCACAGUCACUAAAGUGACGGCUGAUGUGACCAGUGCAGUCAUGGGAAACCCUGUGACGCGGGAGUUUGAAGUCGGUCGUCACAUCGCCAGCGCAGGACCGGGGAUGAGCUGGAGGAUCUACAACGGCACUAAAAAAUCCACCAAGCAGGAAGUUGCAGUGUUUGUAUUCGAUAAGAAGGUAAUCGACAGAUAUCAGAAGUUUGAAAAGGACCAGAUCAUCGAUUCACUCAAGCGAGGAGUUCAGCAGCUCACACGCUUACGGCAUCCGCGUCUCCUUACAGUUCAGCAUCCUUUAGAAGAGUCCAGGGAUUGUCUGGCGUUCUGCACAGAGCCUGUGUUUGCUAGCUUGGCUAAUGUUCUGGGCCAGUGGGACAAUCUGCCCAGUCCUGUUCCCACAGACAUCAAAGAGUACAAAUUGUAUGAUGUAGAGACCAAGUACGGUUUAUUACAGAUCUCCGAGGGUCUGUCAUUUCUCCACAGCGGAGUGAAGAUGGUACACGGUAACCUGUGUCCAGAGAACAUCAUCCUGAAUAAGAGCGGAGCCUGGAAGAUCAUGGGCUUCGAUUUCAGCAUCUCCUCUAACAACCCAUCAGAAGCAGAGCCCAAAUAUGUAUGUAAGGAGUGGGACCCCAAUCUGCCCCCUCUGUGCCUACCUAAUCCAGAGUAUGUGGCUCCGGAAUACAUCCUGUCUGUCAGCUGUGACUCCGCCUCCGACAUGUACUCACUGGGCGUGGUCGUGCAUGCAGUCUUUAAUGAAGGGAAGCCGGUGUUCCAGGUCAACAAGCAAGACAUCUUCAAGAGUUUCAGCAGACAGCUCGAUCAGCUGAGUCGUCUGGGUCCCGGAGUGCUGAACAAGAUCCCAGAGGAAGUGCGGGAGCACGUGAAGAUGUUGCUCAGCGUGACGGCCAACGUGAGACCAGACGCGGAUCAGAUGACGAAGAUUCCAUUCUUUGACGAUGUGGGCGCGGUGACUUUGCAUUAUUUUGACUCGCUUUUCCAGAGAGACAAUAUACAGAAGUCACAGUUCUUCAAAGGCCUCCCCAAAGUCCUGCCCAAACUGCCUAAAAGAGUUGUGGUGUACCGCAUCCUGCCCGCUCUCACCUCGGAGUUUGUGAACCCGGAUAUGGUACCGUUCGUAUUGCCCAACGUGCUGCUGAUAGGUGAGGAUUGCACCAAGGAGGAGUAUGUGCGCCUGAUCCUACCAGACCUGACCCCUGUGUUUAAACAGCAGGAACCCAUCCAGAUUCUGCUGAUAUUCUUACAAAAGAUGGACCUUCUUCUGACUAAAACUCCACCUGACGAUAUCAAAAACAGCGUUCUGCCCAUGGUGUACCGAGCACUAGAAGCUCCUUCCAUUCAAAUCCAGGAGUUGUGCCUGAAUAUCAUCCCCACAUUCGCUAAUCUGAUUGAAUACCCCUCCAUGAAGAACGCACUCAUCCCUCGAAUCAAAACGGCUUGUUUACAGACAUCCUCUCUGGCUGUGAGGGUGAAUUCUCUGGUCUGCCUGGGGAAGAUUCUGGAGUAUCUGGAUAAGUGGUUUGUCAUAGAUGAAAUCCUGCCAUUUCUCCAGCAGAUACCCUCCCGUGAGCCCGCUGUGCUUAUGGGCGUUUUAGGAAUUUACAAGUGCACUUUUACCCAUAAAAAGCUCGGCAUCCCAAAAGAGCACCUUGCGGGAAAAAGUCUGCCACAUCUGGUCUCCCUCAGUAUCGACAACAACCUGAACCUGACUCAGUUUAACUCUUUCAUGGCUGUGAUCAGAGAUAUGCUGAGUCGAAUGGAGGCAGAACACAAGACCAAACUCGAGCAGAUUCACAGCAUGCAGGAACAACAAAGGAGCUUAAACAUUGGCAGCCAGUUAAAUCCCUCAGAGGAGACGAAGAGCAGCUCCACUCCAUCCAGUCAGGUUCGAGAUAUUGACGACAUCUUCGGUGGGAGCUCUGCGAGUGCGGGUGUCAACGGCAAAGAGAACGGUUCCUCAUCUACGGUAUCUCAGCCCUCGAGAGUGUCUCUGACUUUGGAAGAGAAGCAGCGUUUGGCUAAGGAGCAGGAACAAGCCGCAAAACUGAGGAACCAGCAACCUCUGGCACCACAGAGCAUCAAACCUGGCACAACAACAACCAAUACACAGACGAAGGACCUGACCAGUAGUUUACUGAACAACAUGACGUCCCUCAAUCUCUCUCUGAACUCCGGAGCUCGAUCGGCACCCAUGCAGACGGGAACCCUGUCAUCCGGCUUCUCCACCACAACCACCGUGGGUGGGAUGGGCACCAUGCCACAGAUGAGCAACGGGUUCAACUCACCGAUGGGCUUUCAGACAGGGGGCAUGGGAAUGGGCAUGAGGCCCGCCAUGCCCGGCCUGUACGGAGGCAUGAGCGGUACCAGCAGCACACCCAAUUUUGCCGCCCUGACGCAGAACCAGAACCAAAGUCAGCCCAACAAACCCCCUAACAUGUCUUCCCUGGACUCUCUGUUUCCUGCUAACAAGCCCAAAGUCAGCCUGAACCAAAUUACAUCCAAACCAGCCGUGGGCGGCAGUGGCACGCCCUCCCCCUGGAUCAACCAGUUUGGUACAGCCCAGCCCUCUCAGACUGCACCCAUGCAGGCAGUACCGAUGGGUAUGACGGGGGUACAAGGAGGGUUUGGCGUGCAGGCGAAUCCCUUCUUUAGCCCGCAGAACUUUUCCCAGCCCGCUCAUGCACCCACAGUGAAACAAAGCAUGUCGGUCAAUAACGAUCUGAAAGACCUGUUCGGCUAAAAUACAGACUGGUUCCGUUAUCUGGUUCCAUUAGUGACAGAGUGUGAACAGGAUUGGGUAAGAAUGAGCGAUUUCAAGGGACUGUUGUUUUAAUUUUAUUGUUGUUGUUUUCUGUUGAGUAUUUAUUGUGGCAGACCUUCAGGCAUUCCCGAGAAAGACCAGCAGCAAGCAAGUCAUGCGUCACUUAGGCAUGCGCUAAGGGUGCGCAUAAUGCCAAAAAUAUUAAAUCACAAUACAUUUGUAUCACAAUCGUUUCUGCACAGGUUUGGACCAUUACGGCAGGUUGAGGGGUAGAAUAGGAUUUCUCUAAGAUGCUUAUUAAGUCUCCCAUCCCACUAUAGGCACUAUUUCAGAAAGGGUGUGGUUAACAAGAGGCCCAUGAAGCUAACCACCAGCCUGGUAUUGUCAUUGGGCAGGUCAUCGAACAAGGAAAGGGUGCAAACUGCCCCUGUUUAACCCACAGGUGACCAAGAUUGGCUGCCUUUACAUGAUUGAUUGGAUAGAUUGUAAUGCCAUUCCUCCCACCCAAAGAGCCGGACCAAUCAGCUUCCGUUUACUGGCUGCUGCAUGGCUUGUGACGGCUUUGGGGCUUAUACAUGCUACAGCCAGAUUAUCGCUACCUUGAUCAAAAGCAGGAGCAUUAUUGGCCUCCAUUAUUGGGCUCCUGGCUACAGAGGGCUACGGUAUCAUCUGGCUUAAAUCCAUUCAGGGUAAACAGUGUACCAGUGAUGUACGAUAGCGUCAUAUUGGCCAAACCCUGCACACUAUGCAUACUGAAAUGGCCUAAAUAAGGAACGACAUAGAGCAUGAAAAAGGAAGUGGAUUCAUCUACGUAGUAAACCUGAACAGGCCGCUGAGGUGGCGCAGGGGUAAAAACACACGCUGGAACCAGAGCUGGGAUCUCGAAUACAUCGUAUCGAAUCUUAACGAUUGGCCUGUUGUUCAGAUAUGGGCGGGACUAAGUCGGAUGGGGGUCUCUCUCUCAUGACUGGUGCAAUUACGACCUCUGCUGGCUGAUUGAUGGCGCCUGCACAGAGAUGAGAAAAGAGUGCUGUCGGGGUGUGUCUCUCCGUACACAACGCUGAGCUGCACUGCACUCGUCAAAGUGUAGGUGAUAAGAUGCGUACGGCAUGCUGCCCACGUGUCGGAGGGGGCGUGGGUUAGCUUUGUUCUCCUCAAUCAGAGUGGCGGAGAGAAAGCAUGAAUCGGGCAAUUGGACGCGCUAAAUAUCUUUCUAUUAUAUAUAUAUAUAUUUACCCUUACCCUCUUUACCCCCUUAUAUGUUUCCUCAAAAGAGCUGCUGUGAUUCCUCAGACACUUUAAGUCUGAACAGAAUGUUACAUGCUGGCGUGCAUCUAAAUUGCUGCUUUGGAAGGUUACAGUGUCCAUUAUUGCAGAAAGCAAUUACAGUGACAUUUUUUCCAUUUAGGCUGACUGGCUUUCAUAAAAGGUCAUUUUUUAAAAGUCUGAAAAUGGCUCAACUCGCCUCGGUGUUAAUCAGUUGCUUUUAUUCUACUGUGUAAAUGUCGUGAUAAUAAAGUGUGUGUGUCUGUGUGUAUGUGUGUGUGAGAGAGAGAAAGAGAGAGAACAGUGUCUGUACAUAUAUAAACAAACAUACACAGUGGGUGUGUUUGCAAACCUAGUGAGCUGCCUUGCUGUCUUACUGCCUACAUAGGCAGCUGCCUCAGUAGAGAGGAUUCUAAGAGAUCACUGACGUAUAAGGCAGGUUAUUCGAACGCACACCUUAGACAGCGAUUCCAUCAGUUUUCGCUUACUAAGCUAACACUGUUAGCCUCAUGCCAUUCAAACCAAUGGGAUGGGGUGGCACAACGCGCUAGCAUGUCAACUACGUUUCCCUCCGUGUACUGAAAACGGUUACAUUCAAUGACAAACCUGAAUUUGCAAAUAAAUACACUUGUGCAAGUUUACGUUUUCGUUUACGUUUCUCCGCCAUAUUUUUUAUUUUUCUGUGAGAAAAGUUGUGCCGCGCUGAACGCUGGGAUUGCCUUCACCGCUAAGGCAGCAUCGGAUGCUCCCUCGUUCUUGAGUCACAAUACCGUUCAGAUUUAAGAUACCUAACUAGACAGCAUAUUAAGGCAUCUAGGAUUUCGAACAGCCUCCUCCUCGGGAGUGCGCGUGGGAAGACGUAAAAUGCGUCAAUGUAGAGAGAUCACUAGGUUUUCGAACACACCCUAUAUGGCCAUGUUAUGUGGACAUCUAUAUACAAUUAAUUCCAUGCACCUGUUAGCAAUGGCUGUGGCUCAGACCUGAACUCAACAAUUAGGAGCAGUGUCCACAUACUUUCGCCCCUAUUGUGUAACUAAAGGUUCAAGACUUGCACUUUAAAGUGUAAUAGAGUCAACCAGACAAAACUGGUUUGGUAUUUGACAUUUACUUCCUACGUUUUGCUUUUGAUGAUGAUAAAUCUUACGAUACAUUUAAAAAAUCCCUUUAUUCGUUACAUUUUUAAAAGCCAAAGUGCCACACAGCACCACAAAAAAUAGCAGUUACAAAACAGUUAGGUAUGAUGAUUGGUCUGUCUGUUCGGAUUUGUGUUUGUCUAACUGCUGAGUCGUUUCUGUUCUGUCAUUUCGUUCUUCGGAACCGAGCGUCUGCACCGAAGCCCGAGUGUAACUUACAUUCAACUAACAUUCAUUCCUGAUUCUGACCAAAUAGACGCCAGCUGAUCUUCUAGAGGAGAAAGAAAAUGACCUAAUGAAUGAAGUGUACAGUGUAGUAAAAUGUAUUUGCUAUCAAUUAGGGGAUUUUCACCUUUCCUUUAAUAUAUUGUCUUGAUCAUAAAGGGGACCUCUGAGUGUAAAAAGUAUGAAAAAGCCUUAUGAAGAGAGGUGUGCAAUAAUGGGGUUUUGAAGGGUUGUGCUCUGUGUGUGUUUUAGCUUUUUUUUUUUUUUUAAACCCGUGAACAGUAUCCAGGCCUUGGUUUCAAUAAAUAAACGUUAAACAAGAUUGUCUUUGGUGAAGGAGAAUAUAAACAUACCGGAGCGACUGAGGCUCUUUUUUUAAAUAAUCAACCUUAGGAAAUGUUUGUAAAUUACUUAUGACUGGUUCAAGUCCCAAAUCAAAGAGGAAAAAAAGAAACAAAGCCUAUUCUUCUAUAAAAAAUCUUUAUAUUCUAAUGUAAUAUGUGUACAGUGUGGCACUUUUGUGAACUUCGUAUUGUGUUAUCAGAUUGUUCUGUACGAAUUUGCUGAUAAUCUGUAAAUAUUUAUCGAAAUACACAUUCUGACGUUCUCUUUAAA